AUGGCAGGUUUCGUAUCAGCGGAGCACCCCAACAACCCUGCAUCUUCACAACCAUCGCCGCCUCUCCAGUCACUCGAAGGAAGCGAGCAGAAUACUGGCUUCUUCUCACAACCAUGGACAAGAAGGCGAAUCGCAUUCUUCAGUGUACUCGGAUUUUUGGGGCUGGUCAUAAUUGCGCUUGUGAUCGCACUUCCUAUCCUUUUCACUAGAGAGAAUUACGGUUUCAAGCCAGUUGGAACAAAGAAUGAAGACGGCUCAUCCAGCACAAUGGUACAUGGUUUGCCUUCGGGACAAACCCCCCAGAAGCACGACCCAGACACAAUCCACGUACCUGUCGCCACCUCAACCAACUUUGUCAAUUGGACCUUACAUGAAGGGUAUGAUGCGAUGCCCACAGUGGCUGCGUGGCAGGAGAAGGCUAACACAUGGGCUCCGGAUCUAAUCCAACGGGAUGAUGGAAAAUUCGUCCUUUAUUACGCAGGAGAAUCGAAGACAUACGCGCCCCAUCAUUGUGUUGGCGCUGCAGUAUCCAAUGGAACUGAUCCACUGGGUCCCUAUACCCCUCUCAAUGAACCAUUGGCAUGUCCGCAUGAGUAUGGUGGUGCCAUUGAUCCUUCGCCAUUCAGAGACUCAGAUGGGACAUUAUAUGUGGUCUACAAAGGUGACGGAAACAGUGUUGGAUCCGGUGGCUAUUGUGGUAACAGCAACAAGCCCCGAAAACCGGUUCCGAUAUUCUUGCAGGAGUUGGAGAGCGACGGAGUCACCACAAAGGGCGACCCAGUGAUCAUUCUCGAUAUUAACGACUCGGAUGGGCCGCUGGUCGAAGCUCCCAAUAUUAUUCGCACAGAUGAUGGCACGUACUACCUCUUUUUCUCUUCUCAUUGCUUUACUUCUCUGGGGUACGACGUCAAAUACGCCCAUUCGAAAUCGAUCAAUGGGACCUACGAGAGAGCUUAUCGGCCGUUACUUCAGACCUAUGAUUUUGGACUGGAAGCUCCGGGUGGUGCUACUAUCUCUCCAGAUGGAUCAAAGAUGGUCUUCCAUGCUAACUGCGGUGAUUGGCGGUGUAUGUAUGCUGCAGCCAUCAACAUUCAAUCUAGCAACGAUACUGUCGUUCUUUCUUCCCUGACAUUGGAAGUUUUGGGAUCGAAUAACUCUACCAACUCUACAGCUUAG